AUGAAAAUACCUUUUCUAAUAGGCAUUGGGAUUAUCCCAGGUGUUACUGUAGCAGGCAUAGUUUCAAAAUAUUACCAGCCAAAUGAAGUUUCUGGGAGAUGAGUUUUCCAAGGCAUUGACAUUAGGCUCGAAAGAAAUUUAGCAAGGAAAAUCAUGCAGACAUGAGGUAAAAAGAUGAGUUUAAAGUACAAAGAAGAAAAUUUUCCUUUUCUUGAAGAAAUUUAUAAGAAAAUCGUUGCAAAUUACCCAGUAAAAUUACCUGGAAAGCUUCAUUUCUUAAGGUCAGACGAAUUCAUCUUAAACAUUCUUCCCACAGGAGAUGCAUUUAUAAGCUCAGGCGCUAUUAAAGAUCUUGAUGAAUCAGGGAUUGCAAACGUGAUUGCCCAUGAAUUUUCCCACUUGAAGCUUUUUCAUGCUCAAGAACACAUUGGAUAUUCAAGGCCAAUAACUCUAUUAGUAGCAUGAAUGAGCAGAAAUAACCACCACACAACAGAGAGGCUGAGAACAUAUCUGCUUAAUUCUAGAUAUAAUGAGCAGGAAGAGACUGAAGCUCAGGAACUGACAAAAGCAUAUCUUGCAAAAACUAAAUAUCACGAGACACAUUAUAAUUGUUUAAGAUCAGCAAAUUAA